GGACCGAAAGGGUGGAGUCCAAGCUCUUGACAUGCAGUGUUCCGUGCAACACCUUUACGCGCUACCACCAUUUCUACCAUUGGCAUUUUAUUACCCCACCCAGAAGAUGGAUUCUUAGCAAAAUAUGAUAUUUCAUCAACUUUCUCUCCAGGACAAUGCCUUUAGCUUCCCUUUGGAUGGUUUUACAGGGAUGAUAUAAGUUUUAUUCGGAGUGCAAUUCUUCUUUAAAGGCCGCUACUGUGAGGAGGAUUCUGUGAGGGGAUGUAUCCCCCGGAGCACUGGGUCAGAUGGGGGUUAGCUUUACCCAUUUUUCUAGUUAUCCUGUCUGGUGUUAAUGCUCAAGGAGACGGUGCAUCUCCCUGUCUGAGCAACCCGUGCCAAAAUGACGCCGUCUGCUUCCCCUGGAUCGACGGUACAUCUUACGUGUGCAUCUGCCCGCCUGGUUAUACUGGAGCCAACUGCGAAACCGAUAUCGACGAGUGUGCCAGUGACCCUUGCUUGAACGGUGCAUCCUGCUUCGAUUUCCCAAACUUCUACUUCUGCUUGUGCGCUGCAGGCUACAGUGGAUCUCGAUGUGAAAUAGAUGUGAGACCUUGUAGCAGUGACCCAUGUCAGAAUGGAGGCGCCUGCACCGAGGACGCGACUGGUCAAACCUUUGAAUGCAUCUGCCCUCUUGGAUAUGCUGGGACCACCUGUGAAUCAGAUGUGAAUGAGUGCUCCAGCAGCCCUUGUCAGAAUGGAGCACAGUGUGUGGAUGAGAUUGAUGGAUUCAGAUGUGAGUGUACUACAGGAUGGUCUGGUACUCUCUGUGACGCAGACAUCGACGAGUGUGCUAGUGCUCCGUGUUUAAAUGGAGGGACAUGUAUGAAUACCAAUGGUUCCUAUGACUGCCAGUGUGACAGAGGGUGGACGGGCCUUAACUGUGAAACACCUUGGGAUGUUUGUGCAGUUAUUCCUUGUCUCAAUGGAGGUACUUGUGUGGACUUCCAGACCUUUGGCUUCUGCCUCUGCCCUCCUGGCUACAGUGGUGUCAUAUGUCAAAUUGGGCCUACGACUGCAGCACCAACUCCUCCAUCAACCACAACUCAAGCACCAAGUACCACUGCACAACCGCCAAGUACCACCACUAAACCUCCAGAUGCCACCACACAACCAACAACUACUACUCAACCUCCAGGUACCACAACACAACCAUCAACUACCAUUCAACCUCAAGGUACCACCACACAGCCAGCAGCUACCACUCAACCUCCAGGUACCACAACACAACCAGCAACUACCAUUCAACCUGAAGGUACCACCACACAGCCAGCAGCUACCACUCAACCUCCAGGUACCACAACACAACCAGCAACUACCAUUCAACCUCAAGGUACCACCACACAGCCAGCAGCUACCACUCAACCUCCAGGUACCACAACACAACCAGCAACUACCAUUCAACCUGAAGGUACCACCACACAGCCAGCAGCUACCACUCAACCUCCAGGUACCACAACACAACCAGCAACUACCAUUCAACCUCAAGGUACCACCACACAGCCAGCAGCUACCACUCAACCUCCAGGUACCACAACACAACCAGCAACUACCAUUCAACCUGAAGGUACCACCACACAGCCAGCAGCUACCACUCAACCUCCAUUUACCACAACACAACCAGCAACUACCAUUCAACCUCAAGGUACCACCACACAGCCAUCAGCUACCACUCAACCUCCAGGUACCACAACACAUUCAGCAACUACCAUUCAACCUGAAGGUACCACCACACAGCCAGCAGCUACCACUCAACCUCCAGGUACCACAACACAACCAGCAACUACCAUUCAACCUGAAGGUACCACCACACAGCCAUCAGCUACCACUCAAUCGCUAGGUACCACCACUCAACAAGCAACAACCAUUCAACCAGAACGUACCACCACCCAAUCAGCAACUACCACUCAAUCAGCAGGUACCACUUCAGAACCAGCAACUACCACUCAACCCCCAAGUACAACGACACUACCAGUAACUACCACCCAAAUGCCUGAUACUUCCACAACGCUACCAAAUACAGAACCUGCCACGACUUCAGCAAGAGCUACCACAAUAUCAAUGUCCACUACUCAAAAUGUGCCUGCCAGCUCUACAACUACUCGUCUUAUGUCUACCUCAUCAGCGACUACUAUAGUGACAACAGAAAGUGUUCCGGAGACCUCUCCAGAGGGUAGACCUAGUACUCAAGGGGCCUCUAAGCCCACCUCAAUAUCCACAGGUGAUCCUGCAACAAGUCCAACUGUUGUAGGCACAGAGCCAUCUUCUACUGGUGAAAUAACACCCAAUCCACAAAGCACAGUUGUUACAGAGGCAGGUAGUACAGCAAGUGGAAACACAGCAUCUACUGAUUUGUCAUCAGCAAGAACAACUGAUGAGUCAGGAUCAAGUGCAAUACAAACAGAGAGAACUGAAUCAGAGGUUGGGUCCACAUUGGGACAAACAUCGCACUCUUUUUCAACCAAAGGUGGUGGAACAGGGUCACCAGAUACUGCAGAACAGACCAGUUUUCUGCCAACUUCAGUUACAACUUCCAGCGUCAUGGAAACAACUGAGGCAGGAAAUCUUGGUACAACUUUUCAGAGUCAGACCACUGUUGUCAGUGACGGUCCCCAAGGAGCAACAACCCUUGGUGAUCAAUCGACCAUAUCUCAAACUACAGAGCAACAACAGCUAGUAUCAACUAUAAGGACAAUGUUAUCAACAGCUGCAACUGGAGGAUUAACUACCGACUUCUCAGAAAUCACCACUCAGUUUUUUCCAAUCUUUACUACAUUAGAGGAAGCAGAAAUGUCAUCAUUUGCUGUGACUGGAACAUUUACCACUGUUGCUGAAGUGACUACUUUGGCAGCUGGAGGAACUACUAAAGCUGAUGAAAGUACAACAGAACAAGGGAUGGCAACCACUCGGGGAGAUGACAGCGCUACAGUUUCUGAAGAGGCCACCACUCUUAAUACUCUUGGUGUUACUAAUGUAACAUCAGGGUUAGAGGUAUCUUCAUCAGGAGGAAUAAGUGGACCUGAAACCACAACAUUACUUUCUAGAGGUAGUACAUCGACAAAAUUGAUGAGAACAUCUGAGGCAGCAGGAGGAUCUACCACUUCUCAAGAGGUUAACACAGUCACUGCAGUUAGAACUGUGACCUCUGAAGAUCAAGCUACCACUUCAGCAUCCGACGUGACCAGUACUGAAGCAAGAGCAACAUCAUCUGGCUCAGAGUAUACCUCAACUGGAGAUAAUAGUCUUACAAGCAUGGAAGCCACAAUCACUUCUCAAAAGGGCAGCACAAGUAGUGCAGUAAGAACAGUUACCUCUGAAGAUGAAAAUACCACUUCAGCAUUAGGUGUGACAGGUACUGAAGCAAGAGCAACUUCGUCUGGCUCCUCUGGUGUAACCACUAUUCAAGAGGCUGAAGUCACCUCAUCACCUAGACAGGCAACUACAGAAUCUAGUGGAACUACUGCAUCUAAAGAAGGAAGUACAUUAUCUGGAGAAGCCACUACAGUUGGAGUGACCCCAGUUGAGAUCACUUCUGAGAAAGCUACUUCACCAUCUGAAGUGACCAAAUCUGUUGUAGAAGGCACUACCACAUUCAGAGAAACCAUUGUCACAACUCUGGAAGCUGAAUUAACUUCCAAGAGAGAGAUGGCCACAACUGGAGAAAAUCUUACGAGCUUGGGAGCCACAGUCACUUCUCAAGAGGAAACCAUAAGUAGUGCAGUAAGAACAGUUACCUCUGAAGAUGAAGAUACCACUUCAGCAUUAGGUGUGACAGGUACUGAAGCAAGAGCAACCCCAUCUGGCUCUUCUGGUCUAACCACUAUUCAAGAGGCUGAAGUCACCUCAUCAGCUGGACAGGCAACUACAGGAUCUAAUGAAAGUACAGCAUCUGAAGAAGGAAGUACAGUGCCUGGGGAAGCCACUACAGUUGGAGUGACCCCAGUUGAGAUCACUUCUGAGAAAGCUACUUCACCAUCUGAAGGGACCACUUCUGUUGUAGAAGGCACUACCACAUUCAGAGAAACCAUUGUCACAACUCUGGAAGCUGAAUUAACUUCCAAGAGAGAGAUGGCCACAACUGGAGAAAAUCUUACAAGUAUGGAAUUUAAAGUCACUUCUCAAGUGGGCAGCACAAGUAGUACAGUAUUAACAGGUACGGAAUCAAGAGCAACCUCAUCUGGGUCUUCUGGUCGAACCACUAUUCAAGAGGCUGAAGUCACCUCAUCAACUGGACAGGCAACCACAAGGUCUAGUGGAACUACAGCAUCUGAAGAGGGAAGUACAGUGACUGGGGAAGCCACUACAGUUGUAGUAACCCCAGUAGAGAUCACUUCUGAGAAAGCUACUUCACCAUCUUCAGGGACCACAUCUGUUGUAGAAGGAACUACCACAUUAAGAGAAACCAUUGUCACAACUCUGGAAGCUGAAUUAACUUCCAAGAGAGAGAUGGCCACAACUGGAGAAGAUCUUACGAGCUUGGGAGCCACAGUCACUUCUCAAAAGGGCAGCACAAGUAGUGCAGUAAGAACAGUGACCUCCGAAUAUGAAGAUACCACUUCAACAUUAGGUGUGACAGGUACUGAAGCAAGAGCAACUUCGUCUGGCUCCUCUGGUUUAACCACUAUUCAAGAGGUCACCUCAUCAGCUGGACAGGCAACUACAGAAUCUAGUGGAAGUACUGCAUCUAAACAAGGAAGUACAGCCAUUGAGCAGGCUACUUCUAGUGCAACUACUGCAUCUGAAGAAAGAAUUACAUUGACUGGGGAAGCCACUACAGUUGGAGGGACCCCAAUGGAGAUCACAUCUGAGGAAGGUACUUCACCAUCUGGAGGGACCACAUCUGUUGUAGAAAGCACCACAUCUGUUGUAGAAGGCACUACCACAUUAGGAGGAACCAUUGUCACAACUCUGGAAGCUGCAUUAACUUCUAAGAGAGAGAUGGCCACAACUGGAGAAGAUCUUACGAGCUUGGGAGCCACAGACACUUCUCAAGAAGAAAACACAAGUAGUGCAGUAAGAACAGUGACCUCUGAAUAUGAAGAUACCACUUCAACAUUAGGUGUGACAGGUACUGAAGCAAGAGCAACCUCAUCUGGCUCCUCUGGUCUAACCACUAUUGAAGAGGCUGAAGUAACCUCAUCAGCUGGACAAGCAACUACAGAAUCUAGUGGAACUACUGCAUCUAAAGAAGGAAGUACAGUCAUUGAACAGGCUACUUCUAGUGGAACUACGAUACCUGUAGAGGGAAGUACGAUCAUUGAAGAAGCCUCUACAGUUCGGAUGACCACAGUAGAGAUCACUUCUGAGGAAGCUACUUCAUCAGCUAAAGGGAUCACAUCUGUGGCAGAAGACACUUCUACCUUGGAGGUUACCCAAGUUACAACUCUUGAAGUUACCGUAACUUCUAAGCGAAAGAUGACUACAACUGGAGAAGAUCUUACGAGCCUGGGAUCCACUUCUCAAGAGGAAAACACAAGUAGUGUAGUAAGAACAGUUACCUCUGAAGUCACCACAUCUUCUGGACAGACAACCGUAGAAUCUAGUGGAACUUCUGCCUCUCAACCUGUAAGCACUGUAGAGACUUCAAGGCAAACUACAUCGGGAGAUAUACAAACUACUUUGGGAGAGUUUACACGCUUGGAAACAGGAGUUUCUGCUGGUUCAGAGAGUAUUACACCAGUCGACACUACCAGUACCACAGAUGUUUCAGGGACAACCAGAGAAAAUGAGGUGUCAACUAAUGCUGAAGCGACCACACCUGAAGGAGACACAUAUACAUAUACUCCCUCAACAGAAAAUACUGUCUCUUCUGAAGCUGUUACUUCACCAGCAGCACAAGUCACAACAUCAGAAGCAGAAGCCUCAACAUCAGUAGAAGGCACUAUGUCUACCAGAGUAACAGCAAGUUUUGCACCUGAUAAUGCUAGUGUUGUAACAGAUAUGACAUCAAAUGCAGGUAGCAAUGCAACACUUGUCCCUGCAACAGAAAAAGACUCAACUACGUUAUUAGAGGAAGCCACUUCUCAGGAAGAAAUUACUGCUUCAGUUACAUCAUUUACUGUUCUUUCAACAGAAAGUGGAACAACGGAAGGGACAUCACCAGAAAUUCCAUCAAGUCCUACAGAUAUCACUUCUGGCUCUACUGAGACAUUUAGCAUUGCACCGGUAACUUCUCAAUACCAGUCUACGACAGAGGAAGAGGAAAAGGUAACAUCAAGACUGGUAUAUAGCACAACUGGGAUUCCUGAAACACCUCUAGGUACCACAUCAGCCUACCAAUCUUCCACAGAGGUAGAGGAACUUACUGAAGCAGUUAAACCCACAACUUUUGAGGAAGAAAUGACAUCACAUUACCAGUCUACAACAAAGGGAGUUACUGAGACAGUAAGAACUACACCUUUUGAAGAAGAAAUUACAGAGCCUGAAAAAAUGACAACAGACUUAACUGAGACACCUGGUGCUGGUAAAGCAACUUCACAGUACAAUUCUACAACAGAGGAAGAUACUGAUGCAAUAAGAACUACAUAUUUUGAUGAAGAGUUAACAUCGCAGUACCAGUUUACCACAAGGGAAGAGGAAGUUACUGAAUUAAUAAGGACUACACCUUUUUUUGAGGAAGAGGCAACACCAAGUUCUGCAGAUAUCACAUCAAAUUUUACUGGAACACCUGGACCUGGAACUUCACAAUUCCAGUCUACAACAGAGGAAGUUACUGAAGCUGUAAGAACCACAAGAUUUGGUGAUGAAGUAACAACGAAGUCUGAAGAGAUGGCUACAGAAUUUAUUGAGACACCCAAUAUUGGAACUGGAACUUCACAAUACCAGUCCACAACAGAAGAAGUUACUGAAGCAAGUACACCAUUUGAGGUCACACCUCAAUCCAAAUCUACCACAGAGGAAGCUACAGAACCAAUAAGUGCCACAGGUUUUGUAGAAGAAGUGACAACAGAGUCAAAACAAAUGACAACUCAAUUACCAGUGACACCUGGUGUUGUUGUCACAGAGGAAGGGGUAAUAUCGGAAUUUAAAUCUACCACAGAGGAAACUACAGAACCUGUGAGAACUACAACUUUGGUUGAAGUAACAACAAAAUCUGAAAAAAUUACUGCUGAAUUUACUACCACCACCGAUGUUGGAACUGGGACAUCACAAGACCGGUUUACUACUACUACUGAAGAAGUUACUGGUUCGGUCCUAACCACAUCUUUUGUGGGAGAGGAAACUUCGCAAUCGAACUCCAGCACAGGACAAGCUACAGUGCCAGUAACAACCACAAGUCUUGUUGAAGUAACAACAGAGUCUGAUGAUAUGACAACUGAUUUUACAGAGACACCUGGUGUCGAAACUGAAGAAGCUACAGAACAUGUAAGAACAACAAGCUUGGUUGAAGUUACAACAGAGUCUGAUAAAAUAUCAACUAAAUUUACGGAGACAACAAGUGUUGACACAGAAGAAGCUACAGAAGCAGUAAAAACGACAGGUCUUGUUGAAGUAACAACAUUUUCUGAGAAAACGACAACUGAAUUUACAGAGACACCUGGUGUUGACACAGAAGAACCUACAGAACCAGUAAAAACCACAGGUCUUGUUGAAGUAACAACAUUUUCUGAGGAAAUGACAACUGAAUUUCCAGAGACAACAAGUGUUGACACAGAAGAAGCUACAGAACCAGAAAGAACAACAAGCCUUGUUGAAGUAACGACAGAGUCUGAGAAAACGACAACUGAAUUUCCAGAGACAACAAAUGUUGACAGAGAAGAAGCUACUGAACCAGUAAGAACAACAAGCCUUGUUGAUGUAACAACAGAGUCUGAGAAAACGACAACUGAAUUUACAGAGACACCUGGUGUUGAAACUGAAAAAGCUACAGAACCAGUGAGAACAACAAGCCUUGUUGAUGUAACCACAGAUUCUGAGGAAAUGACAACUGAAUUUACGGAGACAACAAGUGUUAACACAGAAGAAGCUACAGAACCAGUAAGGACCACAGAUCUUGUUGAAGUAACAACAGAUUCUGAGGAAUUGACAACUGAAUUUACAAAAUCAACAAGUGUUGACACAGAAGAAGCUACAGAACCAGUGAGAACAACAAUCCUUGUUGAUGUAACAACAGAGUCUGAUGAUAUGACAACUGAAUUUCCAGGGACAACAAGUGUUGACACAGAAGAAGCUACUGAACCAGUAAGAACAACAAGCCUUGUUGAUGUAACAACAGAUUCUGAGGAAAUGACAACUGAAUUUCCAGAGACAACAAGUGUUGACACAGAAGAAGCUACAGAACCAGAAAGAACAACAAGCCUUGUUGAAGUAACGACAGAGUCUGAGAAAACGACAACUGAAUUUCCAGAGACAACAAAUGUUGACAGAGAAGAAGCUACUGAACCAGUAAGAACAACAAGCCUUGUUGAUGUAACAACAGAGUCUGAGAAAACGACAACUGAAUUUACAGAGACACCUGGUGUUGAAACUGAAAAAGCUACAGAACCAGUGAGAACAACAAGCCUUGUUGAUGUAACCACAGAUUCUGAGGAAAUGACAACUGAAUUUACAGAGACAACAAGUGUUAACACAGAAGAAGCUACAGAACCAGUAAGGACCACAGAUCUUGUUGAAGUAACAACAGAUUCUGAGGAAUUGACAACUGAAUUUACAAAAUCAACAAGUGUUGACACAGAAGAAGCUACAGAACCAGUGAGAACAACAAUCCUUGUUGAAGUAACAACAGAGUCUGAUGAUAUGACGACUGAAUUUACAGAGACAACAAGUGUUGACACAGAAGAAGCUACAGAACCAGUGAGAACAACGAGCCUUGUUGAUGUAACAACAGAUUCUGAGAAAAUGACAACUGAAUUUCCAGGGACAACAAGUGUUGACACAGAAGAAGCUACUGAACCAGUAAGAACAACAAGCCUUGUUGAUGUAACAACAGAUUCUGAGGAAAUGACAACUGAAUUUCCAGAGACAACAAGUGUUGACACAGAAGAAGCUACAGAACCAGAAAGAACAACAAGCCUUGUUGAAGUAACGACAGAGUCUGAGAAAACGACAACUGAAUUUCCAGAGACAACAAAUGUUGACAGAGAAGAAGCUACUGAACCAGUAAGAACAACAAGCCUUGUUGAUGUAACAACAGAGUCUGAGAAAACGACAACUGAAUUUACAGAGACACCUGGUGUUGAAACUGAAAAAGCUACAGAACCAGUGAGAACAACAAGCCUUGUUGAUGUAACCACAGAUUCUGAGGAAAUGACAACUGAAUUUACGGAGACAACAAGUGUUAACACAGAAGAAGCUACAGAACCAGUAAGGACCACAGAUCUUGUUGAAGUAACAACAGAUUCUGAGGAAUUGACAACUGAAUUUACAAAAUCAACAAGUGUUGACACAGAAGAAGCUACAGAACCAGUGAGAACAACAAUCCUUGUUGAUGUAACAACAGAGUCUGAUGAUAUGACGACUGAAUUUACAGAGGCAACAAGUGUUGACACAGAAGAAGCUACAGAACCAGUUAGAACAACGAGCCUUGUUGAUGUAACAACAGAUUCUGAGAAAAUGACAACUGAAUUUACAGAGACACCUGGUGUUGAAACUGAAGAAGCUACAGAACCAGUAAGAACCACAGGUCUUGUUGAAGUAACAACAGGUUCUGAGGAAAUGGCAACUGAAUUUACAGAAACACCUGGUGUUGAAACUGAAGAAGCUACAGAACCAGUAAGAACAACAAGCCUUGUUGAUGUAACAACAGAUUCUGAGGAAAUGACAACUGAAUUUACGGAGACACCUGGUGUUGAAACUGAAGAAGCUACAGAACCAGUGAGAACAACAAGCCUUGUUGAUGUAACCACAGAUUCUGAGGAAAUGACAACUGAAUUUACAGAGACAACAAGUGUUGACACAGAAGAAGCUACAGAACCAGAAAGAACAACAAGCCUUGUUGAAGUAACGACAGAGUCUGAGAAAACGACAACUGAAUUUACAGAGACAACGGGUGUUAACACAGAAGAAGCUACAGAACCAGUAAGGACCACAGGUCUUGUUGAAGUAACAACAGAUUCUGAGGAAUUGACAACUGAAUUGACAGAGACAACAAGUGUUGACACAGAAGAAGCUACAGAAACAGAAAGAACAACAAGCCUUCUUGAAGUAACGACAGAGUCUGAGAAAACGACAACUGAAUUUACAGAGACAACGGGUGUUAACACAGAAGAAGCUACAGAACCAGUAAGGACCACAGGUCUUGUUGAAGUAACAACAGAUUCUGAGGAAUUGACAACUGAAUUUACAAAAUCAACAAGUGUUGACACAGAAGAAGCUACAGAACAAGUGAGAACAACAAUCCUUGUUGAUGUAACAACAGAGUCUGGUGAUAUGACGACUGAAUUUACGGAGACAACAAGUGUUGAAACUGAAGAAGCUACAGAACCAGUGAGAACAACAAGCCUUGUUGAUGUAACCACAGAUUCUGAGGAAAUGACAAUUGAAUUUACAGAGACAACAAGUGUUGACACAGAAGAAGCUACAGAACCAGAAAGAACAACAAGCCUUGUUGAAGUAACAACAGAGUCUGAGAAAACGACAACUGAAUUUACAGAGACAACGGGUGUUAACACAGAAGAAGCUACAGAACCAGUGAGGACCACAGAUCUUGUUGAAGUAACAACAGAUUCUGAGGAAUUGACAACUGAAUUUACAAAAUCAACAAGUGUUGACACAGAAGAAGCUACAGAACCAGUGAGAACAACAAUCCUUGUUUAUGUAACAACAGAGUCUGAUGAUAUGACGACUGAAUUUACAGAGGCAACAAGUGUUGACACAGAAGAAGCUACAGAACCAGUGAGAACAACGAGCCUUGUUGAUGUAACAACAGAUUCUGAGAAAAUGAAAACUGAAUUUACAGAGACACCUGGUGUUGAAACUGAAGAAGCUACAGAGCCAGUAAGAACCACAGGUCUUGUUGAAGUAACAACAGGUUCUGAGGAAAUGGCAACUGAAUUUACAGAAACGCCUGGUGUUGAAACUGAAGAAGCUACAGAACCAGUGAGAACAACGAGCCUUGUUGAUGUAACAACAGAUUCUGAGAAAAUGACAACUGAAUUUCCAGAGACAACAAGUGUUGACACAGAAGAAGCUACUGAACCAGUAAGAACAACAAGCCUUGUUGAUGUAACAACAGAUUCUGAGGAAAUGACAACUGAAUUUCCAGAGACAACAAGUGUUGACACAGAAGAAGCUACAGAACCAGAAAGAACAACAAGCCUUGUUGAAGUAACGACAGAGUCUGAGAAAACGACAACUGAAUUUCCAGAGACAACAAGUGUUGACACAGAAGAAGCUACUGAACCAGUAAGAACAACAAGCCUUGUUGAUGUAACAACAGAGUCUGAGAAAACGACAACUGAAUUUACAGAGACACCUGGUGUUGAAACUGAAGAAGCUACAGAACCAGUGAGAACAACAAGCCUUGUUGAUGUAACCACAGAUUCUGAGGAAAUGACAAUUGAAUUUACAGAGACAACAAGUGUUGACACAGAAGAAGCUACAGAACCAGAAAGGAGAACAAGCCUUGUUGAAGUAACAACAGAGUCUGAGAAAACGACAACUGAAUUUAUAGAGACAACGGGUGUUAACACAGAAGAAGCUACAGAACCAGUGAGGACCACAGAUCUUGUUGAAGUAACAACAGAUUCUGAGGAAUUGACAACUGAAUUUACAAAAUCAACAAGUGUUGACACAGAAGAAGCUACAGAACCAGUGAGAACAACAAUCCUUGUUUAUGUAACAACAGAGUCUGAUGAUAUGACGACUGAAUUUACAGAGGCAACAAGUGUUGACACAGAAGAAGCUACAGAACCAGUGAGAACAACGAGCCUUGUUGAUGUAACAACAGAUUCUGAGAAAAUGACAACUGAAUUUACAGAGACACCUGGUGUUGAAACUGAAGAAGCUACAGAGCCAGUAAGAACCACAGGUCUUGUUGAAGUAACAACAGAUUCUGAGAAAAUGACAACUGAAUUUACAAAGACACCUGGUGUUGAAACUGAAGAAGCUACAGAACCAGUAAGAACCACAGGUCUUGUUGAAGUAACAACAGAGUCUGAGAAAACGACAACUGAAUUAACAGAGACACCUGGUGUUGAAACUGAAGAAGCUACAGAACCAGUAAGAACAACAAGCCUUGUUAAAGUAACAACAGAGUCUGAUGAUAUGACGACUGAAUUUACAGAGACAAUGGGUGUUAACACAGAAGAAGCUACAGAACCAGUGAGAACAACAAGCCUUGUUGAUGUAACAACAGAGUCUGAUGAUAUGACGACUGAAUUUACAGAGACAACGGGUGUUAACACAGAAGAAGCUACAGGAUCAGUGAUAACAACAAGCCUUGUUGAAGUAACAACAGAGUCUGAUAAAAUGUCUACUGAAUUUACAGAAUCAACAAGUGUUGAGGCAGCUACAGAGUUGGUAACAAAAUCACCAUUCCAGUCUACAACAGAGCAGUCUACUGAAGAAGUAAGGAGUACACCGCUUGAGAAAGAAGUAACUUCGCAAUAUUCAACUAGUGAAGUGGAAGUUACUGGAGCAGCAAAGAGUACUACUGUUUUUGAGGAAGUAACAACAAAUCCAGUAGGAAUUAUGACAAGUACCACUCAGGGUGACAAAAUUACUACUGAGGAAAUUGUUACAACAGUAGAUGUAAAUCCAUCAUCGCGAGGACCAUCAGGCUCAACAGAAGCUCCUGUAGCAUCUACAGGUAGUCUUGCCUCUACGAUGGAAGCUGAAAAGACAACUCAAGGUGAAAGUACCUCUACCAAGGGAACAGUUACAACAGUAAAAAUAAAUCCUUCAUCUGAGGGACCAGGAGCAUCUACAGAUGUAGUAGUUGUUACUACAAGAAUAGUUGCUUCUACUGAAGAGGAUGUAACCACCACUCAAGGUGAAGGUGCUACUACAGAGGAAACAGUUACAACAGUACAAGUAAGCCUUUCAUCUGAGGUACCACUAGGAUCUACCAAUGUUCCUUUAGCUACCACAAGAGGUGCUGUCUCUACAGCAGAAUCUACAAGCACCACUGACUUUGAAAGUGCUACCACCAAGGAAACGGGCACAACUAGACAAACAAACCCUUCAACUGACAGACCAGAAGGAUCUACAGAAUCUCCUGUAACUUCUACAGGUGGUGUUGCUUCUACAGUUGUAGCUAAAGGAACCACUCAAAGUGAAGGUACUACGACCAAAGGAACAGCUACAACUAGACAAACAAACCCUGCCACUGAGGAACCAGCAGGUUCUACAGAAGCUCCUUCAUCUGAGGGACCAGUGGGAUCUACAAAAGUUACUGCAGCUUCUACAGACAACGUUGCUUCUACACAGGAACCUGAAGGAACCACCCAAGGUGAAAGUGGUACUACCAAUGAAAUGGCUACAGCCAGACAAACUAACCCCGGCACUGAGGGACCAUUCGGAUCUACAAUAGUUACUGCAGCUUCUACAGAACAUGUUGCUACUACACAGAAACCUGUAGGAACCACCCAAGGUGAAAGUGUUACAACCAAAGAAAUGGCUACAGCCAGACAAACGACCUCUGCCACCGAGAGACCAGUAGGUUCUACAAAAGCUACUGUAGCUACCACAAUAGUUGUUGCUACUACACAGGAACCUGAAGGAACCACCCAAGGUGAAAAUGUUACCACCAAAGACAUGGCUACAGCCAAACAAACGACCUCUGUCACUGAGAGACCAGUAGGUUCUACAGAAGCUACUGUAGCUACCACAAUAGUUGUUGAUACUACGCAGGAACUUAAAGGAACCACCCAAUUUGAAAGUGGUACCACCAAAAAAAUGACUACAACCAGUCAAACAAAACCUGCAACUGACAGUCCAGUAGGUUCUACAGAAGCUACUGUAGCUACCACAAUAGUUGUUGCUACUACACAGGAACCUGAAGGAACCACCCAAGGUGAAAAUGUUACCACCAAAGACAUGGCUACAGCCAAACAAACGACCUCUGUCACUGAGAGACCAGUAGGUUCUACAGAAGCUACUGUAGCUACCACAAUAGUUGUUGCUACUACACAGGAACCUGAAGGAACCACCGAAGGUGAAAGUGGAACCACCAAUGAAAUGGCUACAGCCAAACAAACAACCUCUGUCACUGAGAGACCAGUAGGUUCUACAGAAGCUACUGUAGCUACCACAAUAGUUGUUGCUACUACACAGGAACCUGAAGGAACCACCCAAGGUGAAAAUGUUACCACCAAAGACAUGGCUACAGCCAAACAAACAACCUCUGUCACUGAGAGACCAGUAGGUUCUACAGAAGCUACUGUAGCUACCACAAUAGUUGUUGCUACUACACAGGAACCUGAAGGAACCACCCAAGGUGAAAGUGAAACCACCAAUGAAAUGGCUACAGCCAGACAAACAACCCCUAUCACUGAGAGACCAGAAGGUUCUACAGAAGCUACUGUAGCUACCACAAUAGUUGUUACCACUACACAGGAACCUAAAGGAACCACCCAAGAUGAAAGUGGUACCACCAAAGAAAUGGCUACAGCCAAACAAACGACCUCUGUCACUGAGAGACCAAUAGGUUCUACAGAAGCUACUGUAGCUACCACAAUAGUUGUUGAUACUACGCAGGAACUUAAAGGAACCACCCAAUUUGAAAGUGGUACCACCAAAAAAAUGACUACAACCAGUCAAACAAAACCUGCAACUGACAGUCCAGUAGGUUCUACAGAAGCUAAUGUAGCUACCACAAUAGUUGUUGCUACUACACAGGAACCUAAAGGAACCACCCAAGGUGAAAGUGGUACUACCAGAGAAAUGGCUACAGCCAGACAAACGACCUCUGUCACUGAGAGACCAGUAGGUUCCACAGAAGCUACUGUAGCUACCACAAUAGUUGUUACCACUACACAGGAACCUAAAGGAACCACCCAAGAUGAAAGUGGUACCACCAAAGAAAUGGUUACAACCAGACAAACAAAACCUGCAACUGACAGUCCAGCAGGAUCCACAAAAGCUUCCUCAGGAACCACUAGAGAUCACCAAGCAACAACCAGUCCACAAUCCAGAACUAUCAGUGAAUCAGAUGUAACAACAACAUCUUCUCCCUCCUUCACCACUUCACAGACGAUGAAUAUGACAAACAUAACAAGUCCAAUACCUGUGCCAUAUACCGAGGUGGUAAGAGCUACGGCUACAAUUCUGGAAUUGAAUGGGGAUGAAGCCUUUCUUUCGGUGCCACUUCAAGACCCUACAAACCCAGUCUUCCUCAACUUCCAAGCGGCCCUCUGCAAUGCACUGUUCGAAUACUUCCAAGACUUGUCCUUCGAUACAAACGGCAUCCAGUGCAGUGUUACGAACCUAGUGAAUGGCAGCAUUAUCGCAUCCGUAGAGUUCAACGUGACAGACGUCAAUCAGGAGGGGGCGCUAGUCACUGCAGAAAACAUCUUCAAUGCCCAGUUCAUGUCCGAAGCGUUUCUGAUCGACUCGAGGAGCAGGAAUGUCUUUACAUUUGCACGCUUCUUGGUGGACGGUGUAGAUGUAUGUGGGCUAGAGACACCCUGUCUCAAUGGAGGGACUUGUCGUGGACUUGGCUACAAUUCAUUCAUGUGUCUGUGUCCUGAUGGAUGGUCGGGUGAUACGUGUGAAAAUGAGUUCCUCAUCGUCUUGGACGUCAUUGACACGAGUGACACCAUGGUCGACCUGGCUUGGUACUUUCUUGAUGCAGACAACUUGGUUGCCUUCGUCCUUGAGUACAGGAGAUCCGAGGAAGACUCGUGGACGUUGUCCACCCUCAUCAGCAAAUCAGAGAGAGAGUACACCAUCUCCGGCCUGGAUCCAAGCACGCUGUACUUUGUCCGACUUCUUGGAUUUUUCACCGAGGAAACCAAGGUGAUCUCUUUUCAGAAGGCCUUUAUAACAACUGAAGCGGACAAUGUUCCAGACACCGGUCAAUCCAUCACACCCCAGGGGUAUUCCAGUUCCGUUCUCAUCUGGAUUCUUGUGGUUGUCGCCCUCAUUGCUUUUGUUCUCUUCAUCUUCGUGGUCGUGAUGGUCUAUCGACGUCGUCAUGACUCUGUGACCUUACCCUUCAGGGACUUCAAGGGGCGCUUUGCAGUCGGAGUUAGGGAUAAUGUGGCCUAUGACUUUGAGAUCCAGGGUGGACCACCUUCCCCUCCGUCAGUCUCUGCCAUGGCUCUAGGAUCUGAUAGGAGUGGAAGACCAAGCACCGCUUUCUGGGAGAUCCCCAGAGAUAGACUGGUUGUCGGCAAUAGGAAACAGUAUGGACGAUUUGGAGAGAUUUACUUUGGAAAGGUUCUAAUCGGAAAUCAAAGCCUGCCUAGUGAUGUGAAGAAACAAAGAGGUAAUACUCCUCUGGAUAAGAAGAAGAUGCUAGCAGAGCUGUCUGUUCUUAGUCAUGUUGGUCGCCACGCCAACGUUCUCAAUCUUGUUGGGGCUUGUACCAAAACGGCCGGUCCAGUCUAUCUUGCAUUUGAGAGUAUGGAACCGGUCAGACUGGACUUUUUCCUGAGGACCGUCCAAGAUGUCCACAAGCCGGUCACCAUGCAUGUUCCGGACUUCAACAUCACCACGCCCCUCAUGCCCCUGCUCCUCAAGUUUGCAGCGGACAUCGCAGCGGGUCUCUCACACCUUGCUUCAAAGAGGAUCGUGCAGCACAAUCUAGGGGUGAGGAAUAUUGCACUGACUGCCGAUCUCGUUGCCAAGGUAACCGAUUUCGCCAUCAAAGAUGAGACUCAGAACACGGGACGAGCUGUGAACGGAGAUUCGCAAUCAUCAUUCCCAUCUAGUGCAAGAUGGAUGGCCUACGAGACACUGGUAUUCAGCACAUGUACAGAAAAGAGUAAUGUAUGGUCUCUUGGUGUUAUAAUCUGGGAAAUCAUGUCAUUUGGUUCUGAGCCCUUCAAUGGUUACCCUGUCGAUGAGCUGAGCAGAAAACUGACAGAAGGCUACACGUUGAACCAACCAGAUGGAUGCUUAGACGACAUAUAUGAAAUCAUCCAGAACUGUCUGAGACUAGAACCCGACGAGAGACCGAAUCUGAGGAGUCUGGUUGCUAGACUAGUAAGGAGAUACCAGAGCAUCAAGUUACAGGACAAAGAGACGAGAGCUGAGGUGUUCCAAUCCCUCGCCCAGUUGAGUGAUAACCAUGACAACAUGAGCCCACCUCAGAUCAGGAGUAUGGAGAUGCUUGUCAAUGGGAAUAUAGAUAAGGAGUUAGCCCAGGCUAGGCUAAUGGCUGUCCAGUAUGCUGCCACGGCGUUCCCUGGCAGUCACGUUGCUUCCAAGUACACGUUACUCUCAGCUUGUGGAGACGAGAUUGAAGUUGUGAGGACAGAAGCCAACAACAUUAUCAAGAUGCAGGCUAAGAUUGCAGAGAUGGAUAUGGACUCGGACACACCCUCAGGGAAGAUGCUCCCAGCCUUCCCUCUCAUGAUUAACCAAAUCAGAACAAAGGCCUUUGAUAACUUGCCACACUCUAGUCAGAAGUCACAGGGACCUCUUGGAGUCUUCACGAUACCAUUCAAAGCCCUCGUCUAUGAAAAGAUCGGCGUCUACUUGCGGAUGUGCUUGGCCUACUCUGCAGAGGUAUCGCCCAACGUCUUCAAGACAAGCGAGAUGAAGAAACAAGGUCCGGCCCUCAGUCGCUACGUCAACGACCUCGUGGAGAUGUACGCAGGAGAUUCGGGCGCCCCCGUUUCCACCUACACCGGUCUCCUGAGGCAGUACGUGUCGGCCAUCGGAGGUGGGAGGGGCUUGUUCUCUCUCCUGGAGGUCGUUGCUAUGGCGCCGGAUAAACUGGCGCCACAGUUUGUGAAGAAGACAGAUAGUCUGAAGAUGUUGCUGUAUUCUGAUGAGGAAGCAGUGCGCCUCUACGCAGCUCAGCUUUUGGGCGUGGUCCUCUGUUACGCCCCACCUACACUGGUGGUCGAUACCAUCAUGUCCUUCACCUCAAGACUGGACUCAGAUUCAAUCGAGAGCUGCCAAGCUAUGCUCUGGGUUCUGGGCUUCACCAUCGGAAGACAGAUGCAGAAGGAGAUACAAGCCAACAAGGACACAUUCUCUAGACUGACCGACACCCACAACCUGGGAGAAAAUAUCUACAGGAGAGCCACCGAAGCAAUAGUUGCCAAACUGGAGAGCAGCAAUCCCACCAUAGUCAAGGCGGCCUGUACAGCAAUAGCGGAGAUCGGGCGCAACGGCCCCAUCCCUCUGCCCAAGGGAGGUAAGACCAAUGGACGAUCAACCACCAAAGGCAGCUCGGAAGGCUCGGUCAGGAGCAAGAACGGUGCUACCGGACCCACCAAGCUGAGUCUCGUGCAGAGACUGACAGAUAUAUUCACCAGAGACUCUGUGCUUUACGUGCUUGAGGUGAAGAAGGAAGCAGCCGAAGCCCUUGCCCAUCUGAUGGUAGGAGAGGCCGAGUUCCCUUACAGCAAGCUUGUCUUAGAAGCACUACCCAAGGGUCUUAAGAUCUCAGCACCCAGCAGAGAAGAACUCUUCCCCUUCCAGUUCCAUCUUGCCGAUGUCCUAUCCACUGCCCUCCAGGGGCCGUCAGCCCCCGCUGCUCUGGACCCCUGGCUGGACGAGAGCACCACACCCCUCGGUAGGGCCACGCCCACCAACGGGUCCCUCAAGGCACUCCUAGACACCCUCCUCACGGAUCGGCGGGAGACAAACAACUCAGAUGAAAAAGAGGCAAUAGCUGUUAUGUUAACAGUCCUAUUUGAGACAUUCAGGCACAAUCAAAGUAUUCAGGAUAAUGAAGCUGAAAUGAUGAGCAUCAUAAAAGACUCUGUUAUGGAGUGGGAUGGCAGUGGUGUCGUCUCCGAGCUUCCUCGCGAUCUUCAGAAGCGUAUCCUUAAGGUCCUGAAGCUGACGAGGGCGUCUAACGAUACGUCGUCCCCUUUCGCAACCGGGAUGGACUCCAGCGAUGCUUCCUCAUCGCCUGUAUCCGGGAUGGACUCUGAUGAACCGCUGUAUGCGGCCGUGCACAGGCGGGUUACGCCCGACGUCCACAGCAGCUCCGCAGACGGUUCUGAAGACACGGUGAACGAUGACACCCCGAUGCUCAAUGAUGCCACCAAUGAAGACGAUGAGCUGACCUCAGUUUAAAGAGACAAGGAUGUGUGUAUCGAAAUCUUGCAUUGUGAAACAUGACAUUGAUGAGGUGAGAGAUACAGAUGGGUCCGUUGUAGUCUUGCAAUGUGAAAUAUGACAGUGGGUCCUGCAAUGGUUGUCUACAUAGAUCUGACAGAACUAAAUGGAGAGUUGAUCAUGUGGAGGACGUAUGGUGCUAUAGGGAGUCAUUUGAUUACCAUGGCUUAUGAAAUCAGUGAUGCCAAUUUGUAGGCUUUAGACAUUUUCAGGCCCCCAUCACCCUUUCAUUAAAGGCUUUUUCAAACUCCACAUUGUUACACAUAGGAUCAAAUGGGGAUCCCAUAUGCCUAGAUUGAUGCCCCUUUGAUGAAACCAACUUGUCUCCAUGAUAAAUACUUGUUAAACCCUUACUGUAUGGGCUUGACCAAAGGCUGAGUUACGUUGUCGAAAGAGGUGGCACUUGGGAUCUGGUAAUGCAUUUGAAUUUGAUUCAACCUAGCACCAAUAUGAGAAUGGACUGGGGUUUGUAAGGUCCCAUCAUGUUUCUCAUCAUGGAGUUGCUAUGCAUGGACAAGGCUAAGAAUCAUAUAUGGAUGUCGAUCUAAGCCUUGCAUCAGCUCAUCUCUGAUCAGUGCCAUCUUCCUAUUUCUAAGUAAAGAGAAGUUCAUCAACCAACAUCUUAAGGCCAUGGAGUGCUUGUGGAGCGCUUGUAAGAUUACGUCUUUUAUCAAAAGGUCUGUUUUCAUCAGACCAAAGUUGCAAAAUAACCCACUAUUUUCAGACUCGGGAUAUUUUCCCCAAGCUUGAAAUUGCAUCCCCACCAGACCGAUACGCUCAUUACAAACUAGAUGAAGAUGGGCGCAAAUUAGCCCGCUAUUUGGGAAAUAGCGAGCUAUUUUGUAUAAAACAAGACCAAAUUUCUCAGGAUAUUUUCUCGACCAAAUAACUGGCUGAUGGCAACUGCGGGUUGAUGAAGCCGCAAAUUAGCUGGCUAAUUUGAGAUCGGGCUAGUUAAAAUAGGGGGUAGUGUUUAACCCAAACAUGAGGAAAUAAAGGUAUUGUCAUUAGCACGAUAUCCGACUAACAUUAUAUUCAUAGAAGAAUUUUAAAAGUUUUCUAACUCAAUUGUUGUCUAGUAAAUUGACUUCAUGCAAAGUAAAGAGAACUGCAUAAAUAUCUGUUAUUGAGGGGUGCAUACGAUCAUUGCCAAUUUGAAGCAUUUUGGGUAUGGCAAUGAUGAAUUUUUAUUGUGAAAAUGAAGGAUUUCACUGUGAUGCUUUUUACUGUAUAUCUGAUGCUGCAUUUGUAUGACAGGUGGCCACGUUGCCUUGUCUAUUAUGAGAGUUUCUCACACACGUUUUAUUGAUUUUCAUGGAAGAUGGUAUUGUGAUAAAACUGCGAUACACUGUACUUGCUCACUUUGUCAAACAGGGAAAAGGAGUUGUUAGAUUAAAUAGAUUUUAGGAUUGAAGGUCAAAAAUUUGCUAGUGUUUACAAAUUAUUGGACAAUGAGGGGUGGCAAGAUACACAACAAUUUACAGCAUGAUAUAUUGUUAAAUCCUGGGCAUGAUGAGACUUAUAUUUAUAUAAAAUGAAGACAAGACUGUGAUAAACAUGCACCUAUUUGCAGGGGGAUGCUAUAUAGAUUUAAAUGUGAUGUACAAACUUGUAAAGAAAUGAACAGUACUCUAUUAUUCUUACUUUGUAAGAUUGUACUUGUAAAUACUCCAAAGAAACAGAUUAUCUGUAAAUACUACAAGAAGUGUCAUAUAAUUUUCUUGUUUUUUAUAUUAACUCAUUUAUAUUAUCUUGCAUUUAUUUUACUUUGAGCUACUCGUCAUGUGUCACUGUCAACAAGAAUUUUAGGAUGCAAAGUCCAAUCAUAAAAAAAAUGAUGAUAAAUGUAGUUACAUCAACUGCAGCAAUCUGCUUUAUUAAAAUUGAAAAUAGUGCGAUGGUAUAGUGAAGUUAAUAAACAGACAGGAUAUAGAUAAUCUGUAUGCCUUGAAUCCACAAUCACAUUUGUUAAAACCAAGACCAAAACAUGGAAAUGGAUCUUAACAACCUGUUUAUAUAUGAUCCAUAAAUAAUACAGAUGGGGCAGUUAUCGUAAUAUACACUGUAUGUGUAUGUUCCAUACCAUUUGGAUGAAAUUGCAUUGUCAUGAAGUCGAUUAAUUAUACAAAAUACUUUUAAGAAUUUUUAUUUACACAAGUUAUGCAAAAAUAAGAAGCUGCAUGCAUUAAUCUUUUUAGAAUGUGCAUCCUUAGUACAUACCUGUAUCUCUUGUUCUGAAAUAACUACUGUACAGCGUAUUUUUGUAUAUUUGCAAUAUUAUGCCAAAAAUGUGUACCUUUUUAGUAAAGAAACAAAAAGUAGACCAAAAUCAAGUUCUUCCAUAUCUCAUUCUUUUAAGGCUGAAUAUAAUGUCUUUCACGUUUAAUUCACUGUACUUUUACCCCUUCUCUUCUUCUCUUUUCAUUUAUGUAUGUCUAUAUUUAGAUAAUAUAUUCACAUCCAAUAUUUUAAAGAUUUACUUCUUUGACUUGAGCAUCAAAGUUCACAAAUUACUUUGAACACAUAUGAAUAUAUUGUCUGUUUGAAGCCACAACUCUGUGUUGAAGUUUAUGAUGUAACACCCUUAUUGCUCCAAAUAAAUUAUACACCUGGAUGAUGUAAUAUGAGUGAGGAAGUUGUCUUAAAAUGUAACAUGAGUUUUUGUUGCAUUGCCUGACCUAUAUGUACAUACAAGAAUAUACAAUACACUUGUCAUAGCAUUAAGGGAAUCAUACAGUUCAUUUAUAGAAUAUUCACCAAAUACAUUUCAUUAUAAUGUAGCCUAAAAAUAUUCAUUUGCAGUAACUAAACGAGGCUGAAUUUGCAAGGGAAUGGAUUAAUCUAUGCAUUUAUGGAAAAAUACUGCUUAUCCAAAGGCUGUCUUUUGAAUUUAUCUUGAAAAAUAUACUGUAUAUCUGUGUCUUUCAUAACUGUCUUUCAAUCGUCUCAUUGAGAUUUUAAAAGUGAUGAAUUGUUCAAGUUUGUUGAAUUUUAAUUUUGUUAGUAUUCAUUUGGAAGAAUUUUAUAUAUGGUCUAGAGUGCAUCAUGCCUUUAAGUUGCGUGUCACACAGAUGAUUACAUUUGAUAAACAGUAUUUCUUCUAAAAUCGAAUAUUCUGUAAAUUCUUGGUUGUUUAUUUUAUUUUGUUCAUUUUAUUGUUCCUUGUAUCCAUGUUCAAAUAUUUCAAUAUUUAUCUUUUACUUGUCAUAUCAUGCAUGUGUUCCUUGUCUUAAAUGAUGUUUUAAACUUAAAUUAAAGAGUGUGUUAAUUAAAAGAAUCACUCUAUAUCAUAUUACACAGAUUAUAUGAAUGUUACAUCUACAAGCAUUAUUUUCACAAAGCAUCUUUGUUCCAUUCUUUUAAUCAGCAUUUACUGGAAAUAUUUUAUCAGAAGCAAAGAUUUUUAUCAAUUGUCUGUGUGAAUCAAACAGAAAUCAAUGAAAAGUGUUUUGUUGUAUAUUGUGUUUUGCUAAAUAAGUAUGUGGAAUCGAGAAUCAAAAAAGAGAAGUUGUCAUUUAUGUGUGUAAACUAUGUUGUCUUAACAUGUAUGUAUCUUUUUAUCCAGAUUAAUGUUCUUUCAUGUAAUAAAUGCAAUUUACCUUACA